AUGUCCUGCGUUAAGGAUUUCUUCGCCGGCGGCGAUCAAAUACCCAUAUCCAAAAAGAAGAAGAAAUUUGUACUUCUAUCUCUUGCUGCUUCAGUCUUAUUAUUAAUAGCUGGAGUAGUCGCCGGAGUAAAUUCAAGAAUUGCCGAAAACAAAAAUGUGAAAAGCCAAAAGGAUGUAAUUGAAUUAGCCUUGAAUAUUACUCUUACUACUCUUCAGCACAAUUACUUCAAGGUAGAGAAGCUCAAAGCUAAGGGCAAGAAUUUGACAGAACGAGAAAAAACUGCUUUAAAUGAUUGUCUGGAGACGAUCGAUGAGACCCUUGAUGAACUCAAUGAAGCUGUUGAGGAUCUUGAAGAGUAUCCCAACAAGAAAUCUCUUAAAGAACACGCUGAUGAUCUGAAAACCCUAAUGAGUGCUGCCAUGACUAAUCAAGAGACCUGCCUCGACGGAUUCUCGCACGAUAAUGCUGAUAAGAACGUUCGAGAAGAGUUGAUUAAAGCAGAAGAUCAUGUGGAGAAAAUGUGUAGUAAUGUUUUGGCUAUGAUCAAGAACAUGACCGAUACAGAUAUUGCAAAUGAGAUGAAAUUGAGCGGAAGAAAGCUUAUAGAAGAUGAUGAUAGUGGCACGAGAAAGUGGUUGUCUGCCGGAGACAGGAGGCUACUGCAGUCUUCCUUCGUGACUCCUGACGUGGUGGUGGCGGCUGACGGCAGCGGGAAUUACAGUACGGUGUCUGCAGCGGUGGCUGCCGCGCCGGAGAAGAGUAGCAGGAGAUAUGUAAUUAGGAUUAAGGCUGGUGUUUAUAGAGAAAAUGUGGAGGUGCCCAAGAAGAAAACUAACAUAAUGUUCUUGGGAGAUGGCAGAAGCAACACUAUUAUCACUGGAAGCAGAAAUGUAAUAGAUGGUAGCACCACCUUCCACUCCGCCACUGUUGCCGUGGUAGGCGAAAGGUUCUUGGCCCGGGAUAUCACUUUUGAGAACACGGCGGGGCCGUCCAAGCACCAAGCGGUCGCGCUCCGUGUCGGCGCUGAUUUAUCAGCUUUCUAUAGAUGCGAUAUAUUAGCCUAUCAAGACACUCUCUAUGUCCACAAAAAUCGCCAAUUCUUCAUUGAAUGUUUAAUUAUCGGCACAGUCGACUUCAUCUUCGGCAAUUCCGCCGCCGUGUUCCAAGACUGCGACAUCCAUGCAAGGAGGCCGGAUUCCGGUCAAAGAAACAUGGUAACAGCCCAAGGCAGAACUGAUCCGAAUCAAAACACAGGUAUUGUUAUUCAAAAUUGCAGAAUCGGAUCCACUUUGGAUUUAAGACCUGUUCAGAGUAAUUUCACCACAUAUCUCGGGCGCCCGUGGAAGGAGUAUUCGAGAACUGUCAUAAUGCAAUCUUUCAUAACUGAUGUAAUUCAUUCUACUGGUUGGCAUGAAUGGAAUGGAAGUUUCGCGCUUAAUACUCUGUUGUACGGCGAGUAUCAGAACAGCGGCAUCGGCGCCUCCACCUCCGAGAGGGUGAAAUGGAGAGGAUAUAAGGUGAUUACUAGUGCGACGGAGGCGCAGAGCUAUAGUGCCAGCAAAUUCAUUGCAGGAGACAGCUGGUUGAACUCUACUGGAUUCCCAUUCUCUCUAGGGUUAUAA